AUGAUAAUGACUUAUUCAACCAUGCAGCCACCUCCGCGGAAGUUGGUCAACGUCGACCACGUUGUGGAAAAUGCCACACUUGCAGAGAAGGUCUCGCUUCUCGCCGGUUCUGAUUUCUGGCAUUCCACGCCGCUCCCCCAAUAUGAUGUCCCCGCCAUCAAAUGCACCGAUGGGCCCAAUGGCGUCCGAGGAUCUAGGUUCUUCAAUCCAGUGCCAGCCUUAUGUGUCCCAUGUGGAAGCGGCUUGGGAGCAACAUGGAACCCUGAUUUGAUUGAACUUGCUGGUCAACUCCUAUCCAAGGAGUGUGACGCCAAAGGCGCCCACGUCUGGCUGGGCCCGACGGUGAACAUCAUUCGGUCGCCUUUGAAUGGCCGCGGGUUUGAGUCUUUUUCAGAAGAUCCUCAUCUGAGUGGUAUGCUUGCAGCCGCCAUGAUAAGAGGUGUUCAGUCGCGAGGGACGCUGGCCGCUCUCAAGCACUUCGUUGCAAAUGACCAGGAGACAGAGAAGAUGUCAGUAGAUGUGUGCAUGUCCGAUAGGGCAUUGCGUGAGAUCUACCUGAUGCCAUUUCAGAUUGCUCUGCGAGAUAGCAAUCCAAGAGUAUUCAUGUCCUCUUACAACAAGGUUCAAGGGUUGCAUGUCUCUGAAAACCCAAAGAUUCUACAAGACAUAUUAAGGAAAGAAUGGGGCUUUGACGGUCUAAUUAUGAGUGACUGGUAUGGCACUUAUUCCUGCGAAGCAGCUCUAAACGCGGGUGUCGACAUAGAGAUGCCUGGACCAAGUCGUUACCGUGAGAAAGAAGCCUUGGCUGCUGUGUUCUCUGGCAAGGUGCACCAACACACAAUCGACGAACGCGUAAAAAAAGUUCUCGAGUUCGUCAACAAUGCAUCCGCGGCACGCGUUGGAAGUGAAGAGACUACACGAGACGUUCCCGAGGACCGGAUUCUUAACCGCCGAUUGGCAGGAGAGAGCGUGGUGUUACUGAAGAAUAUAACCGGCUUACUGCCCCUGCGUAUAGAGGAUUGCGAUGAAGUCGCCGUCAUCGGACCCAAUGCCGACCUCCCUGCUGCCUGUGGUGGAGGGAGUGCCAGCCUCCGGCCUUACUAUACCAGCUCCGUCUUGAAAGGCAUUCGAGAUUCUUUACCGCCCGGCACAAAGAUUCACCAUGAGCCAGGAGUAUAUGGACACAUUCUGCUACCUGCGUUUUCAGAAGAAACUGUCUGCAACGAUUCAGGGGAGCCGGGCGUCACCAUUGAACUGUUUAAUGAACCGCACAUUGUCAAGGACCGAAAGGCGUUUGAUCAAGUUUCGAUUCCUGACACAACAUACCAGCUCAUGGACUACAGGCAUCCUGAAAAGGGAGAAACCUUUUUCAUGUCUAUGCGUGCCUACUUCGUUCCCGAGCACACUGGAGCAUACGAAUUCGGACUAGCUACAUACGGAAUUGCCGACUUAUUCAUCAACGAUGAGUUGGUGAUUGAUAACUCGACAGUGCAGACUCCGGGAGGCAUGUUCUUCGGCAAGGGCUCUGCUGAGAAGCGAGCCAGUUAUGAGAUGGAGGCUGGGCGUCGGUAUUGCCUCCGAGUAGAGGCCGGCAGUGCGUCAACUUCCAAGGUGGCCGGCGGCUCACAAUUGGCUAUACCUGGUGGUGCCUGUAGGUUGGGUGGAUGUCGCAAGAUCGACCCUGUCGAAGGUAUUCAAAGGGCUGCCGCUCUGGCCAAGCGAUGCAAAUACACCUUUGUGGUUGCUGGUCUCAACGCCGACUUGGAGAAAGAAGGUAGAGAUAGGGAAACAAUGAGCAUGCCACCUCAUGUUGAUGAACUCAUUUCGGCAGUUUUGGCUGCGCAGCCCAACGCCAUCAUCAUCACUCAGGCAGGAAACCCUAUCAGCAUGCCCUGGAGGCACAAUGCGAACUCAAUUAUACACUGCUGGUACGGUGGUAACGAGGCUGGAAACGCAGUUGCAGACGUGGUCUUCGGCCGCAUUAACCCCAGCGGAAAGCUCCCAAUGACUUUUCCAGCCCGUUUGGAGGACAACCCUGCUUUCCUAGGAUUUGGCAGUGAUAAUGGCAAGGUUCAUUACUCAGAAGACAUUUUCGUUGGGUACAAAUGGUACGAGGCGCGCAAGAUGAAGGUCGCGUUUCCAUUUGGUCAUGGACUCAGCUACACCACCUUCCAAAUAUCUGAUCUGCAAGUCAGUCCAACACGAGUGCAGGUUAGUAUCAGUAACACUGGCAAACGAGCUGGUGCUGAGGUCAUUCGACUGUACAUUGGUUAUGCUACUACGGCACCCAAGUCCCGUUUUUCCAGGCCACCACGGGCAUUGAUGGGAUUUAAAAAGGUGCACUUAGAGUCAGGGGAGAAUGUAACUGUUGUUAUUCCUAUCGACAGAUGUAGCACAGCGGUUUGGGACGAGAAGAGGAAUAGUUGGUGCUGCGAGAAGGGCUCGUAUAGUGCAUCUAUUGUCUCUGGUGAGCAUGUUUUGGAAGGGAAGUUUGAAUUGGACAAGAGCAUUUUCUGGAAUGGACUUUAG